GGGCUCUGCAGAAGCCACGUCGUUUCCAACUUUCGAUUCUGCUGUGAGAGAGAGAGAGAGAGAGAGUUUUUUUUGAUGAAUACUGCUGAGGGAGUGAGAGAAGCAUGGAUGGGAGUGAAAAAGAGGGAGGAGAUGAACCCCAAAGCCAAAGCGAAGUGAUAGGCUCAAAUCCAAAGGGAAAGUCAUGCAAGGGAUAUCUGUACUACCACUCCGCUCUCAAAUCCAAAGCUCGCAACCCUCGCUGCAUCGGCAUCUCUCGCACCCUCCAACAAGUACCUGGCUACAUUGUUUCACAAACGGAGAUUGAAGCUUCUAAAGAAGGCAGAGGUCUUACUGAUUUCAAUUAUGCUUGUGUUGGUUACUCUGUCUACUUGGAUAGAGCUGGAAAUGACCCUGGGGUUGAUAAGCAAGCGGAAAAAGCUGAACUGCCGGUCUGUGUUGGCCUUGAGAUUUUAGUGGACAGAAGCGUUUCUGCAGAUGGACCUGCUUCUACUCCUGCUCAUAUUCAUAAUAGAGAAGAAGAAGUUCGUGAGUUACCUCAGCCUCGAAGACACUAUCCAGCUCAUUCUGUGGCGGAUGAUUUUCUUAGCAGGUUUACGAGGAAUGCAAAUCUGAUUGCAUCAGGGGUGGCCAGGAACAUGCGUAAAGUGGGGAACUCCAUAAAGGAGAGACUUGAUGAUAUUCUGUACCCCUACGGAAAGCGACCAAAAAGGUGAUCCAUUUGUCUCUUGGUGCAAAUUUUCUGACAGGAUAGAGAUAAGCUAAUGUUUCUCUCCAGCAGAUUGGCGAACGGAUGAGGCCUUGGCCUGUUCUCUGUAGCACCAGAAGCAAAGCGUCAGUUAUUCCAGGUUUUUAUCUACUAGCUACAAACUUGUCUUCUUGCAUGGUAACUGAACCUCGGGACACAUUGUUGCAAGAGUAAUGCUACUCAUCAUACGCCCUUCACAUCGGAUUAUAUAUUGUGUUUUAAGUAGCUUUCUUUAUGUUUUUGUUUGUUUGUUUGUUUGUUUUUUUUUUUUGUUUCAAAGUGAUUGGUAUAAGAAGCUAUUUAAAACAUGUUACAUUGGCAUGUAUGAAAUGAGUGUGAUAAAUGGCGUGAAAAGUAGCAUUACUCUUGUUGCAAAGGCCAAAAGAUUAGCACUGGUCGGUGGGGAUGCUCGGGUGGAUCUUAAUCUCAGUCUUCCAUGAGUUUCGAGGGUACCGGUCACUUGGAUGGUGGUAGUCAUCCAAUUUGGAAAAUCAUUGUAAGGGUAUUUUGAAGGCAAUGUUCUUUGAGACAUAGCUUUGUUAGGUCAUUGUUGCGAUUUCAGGUUAAUCUGAAGCAGAGAUAUUUAUCAGAAUGAAAAUAACACGGCACUAAGCUAGAUUUCGGUUGGCGAUCACCUAUG